AUGGCUGCCAUGUUGAUCCGAUUCCGAACAGCUCUGUCGAAACCGCGUCUUCUUUCCCACCAACGGCGGGAGAAAAAAUGUCUGUUCAUUUCACCUGCAGAUUUUUUUUUUAUCUCCUUUGGCCGAUUUAACUUCCAGUUUUUUCCCUCCGAUUUCGACGAAGGAUCCGUCGUGGGUGGGUGUCGUCAGGUAACGUGCUCAGUGUGGCGUGGGCUGUUGUCGUGGAAGGGUGUGAGGCGGAGGACUGCGGACAGUGCUGCUGUUUCCUGACGGGAGCGUUGGUCUCGCGCCCAAAUUUUUAUUGUAUAGAUCCCUCUGGACUGGAUGCAAUUCGAUCGCCAUACUUUGCCCUAAAUUCGUCAUCAAAUUACUAUUGCAAUGUUGAGACAUUUGGUGCGAAACGUUUGUUGAUGUUUGUGCAAUAUUAUUUUUUAAGAGUUUUGGGAAGACUUCAGAAGCCACGCGCACUCAGCAGACAAGUCAUUCAAUUAGUCAAGCGAUAGUAUUAAGCAGUUUCAUGUAUAUAUCCGUACGCUAAUAACAAGAAGGCGCGAAGUAUGCAAAGAAGAAGAAAGAGCAGCCACUAACCUCCGAGGAGAUCCCUUAUGACGUCACACCAACAUGGCGCCGAUGCUUCCAGGGGUACGAUGGAUUUCCAUGACGUCCGUUUGCAUCUCGCUCUUAUUCAACCGGGUCGUAGGAGAGAAGGUCCUGACGCCAGCUGAGGAACGGCUCUUCUUCUCCCGUCGGAGCGGCUUUGCGAGUGAUGCUGACAGCCCGAGUGCUCCAGAAUACGACGUCUUCGAGCCUCUGGUAUCCUGGGGUGACCGUUACCAUGGCAACAACGGCAACAGCAGUAGCAGGAGAACUCGAAGUAUCGCCGAAAUGCCCCGCCUGCAGUUUCAGGCUCUCGGGAAAUCAUUCAAUUUCAGACUGUCCCCCAACGAAGAGCUGACGGCUUCCAACUUCGUGUUCCUGGGAAGAAGAAGAGACGGCAUCGAAAUAAAGACGUUCGACGAAAACCAGCUGUCAUGUUACUACCAAGGCGUGGACGACACGCAGCGGAACCCAGACACCUCGAUCGCCGUGGAGCUCUGCGGACCCGUGCGAGGUGUCGUCACCAGCCCGACGGCCGAGUUCGUGAUUGAGCCGAUCCCUGGCAACAUCCAAGAACAGAGGCGCCGCCGUCGCAGGUCUCUUAGGACAGAAGGAGAAGAAGAAGAAGAAGAAGAAGAAGAAGAGGAAUUGGAAAGGUCUUCGCACAUCAUUUACCGUAGACACGACAACAGCGGUGUCACGGUCGAACACAAAACCCGCAGGCGGCGACGGUCCUUCCUGACGGAGGGGGACGUUCUUCGGGAGGCCCUGAGUUCCAGGGAAGGCAGACGGCCCUACUUCGACAGCUACGAGCACGUCCUUGAUGGUCGGCUGCGCACGGAGUGGCCAGACCAUGACCUUGAUGGGAGAGGAGGAGGGGGUGGAGGAGAAGGAAGAGGAGUUGGAGGAGGAGGAGGAGGAGGAAGCUCAGGUGGUGAUGGGAGCCAGAACUUCAGGCAAAGUCGGGGCGAGGACCUCUUUAUCGAAAUGGGGGUGUUCGUGGACCAGGACCUCUACCGCCACAUGGAGGACAACUUCCCGACCAAGACGGAGGAACAGGUGCUCAACGUCGUUCUGGCCAUGAUCAAUGCUGUCCAACUGCUCUACAACGACGACUCCCUAGGCCACAAGGUGAAGUUCGUCCUGAAGCGCCUCGAGAUCCUGUACAACGACCCGCCGGACCUGAGGCGGCCCUACGACAUCGACAACUUCCUGACCAACUUCUGCGAGUGGCAGCGGCAGGAGAACCCCUCCAGCGACUCCGACCCCCUCCACUGGGAUCACGCCGUCAUCCUCACGGGUCUGGACGUCUAUACUAUCACCUCCAGGGGCAAAGUGAACUCGCAGGUCGUGGGUCUGGCGCCCGUUUCUGGUAUGUGCACGCGUUCGAGUUCCUGCACGGUGAACGAAGGCCGCCACUUCGAGUCUGUGUAUGUCGUUGCGCACGAAAUCGGACACAAUUUGGGGAUGAGGCACGAUGGCUACCAGGCAGGCAACAAUUGCGACGCCAGCCGAUACCUGAUGUCUCCCACGCUGGGUUCCGGUAAGAUCACCUGGUCUCCGUGUUCCAGGAGGUACCUGGAAGAUUUCCUCAGCUCCCGCCAGUCGGAGUGCCUCAGGGAUUCUGCUCGCCCCCACGAAGAGGGACUGGAUCACGAAGCCAACUCCCUCCCAGGGCAACGUUUCUCCGCUGACCAGCAAUGCAUGCUGAAGCACGGGGUGGGCAGCCACCACGCCGACUCCCAGCGACUGGAAGACAUCUGCCAGGAUCUUCACUGUCGACGCAACCACUACACCUGGACCUCGCACCCGGCGCUGGAGGGGACCUCCUGUGGCCAUGGCAAGUGGUGCCGACGCGGGCAGUGCCAUGAGGACGCAGCCGCCCCUUCCAUCUACCAGUCGACUUCCUCGGCGGCCUUCCCGACCACCUCCCUUAGCACCUCCUCGGGCUACGACGGAGGAGGAGGGGGAGGAGUAGGAGGAGGAGGAGGUCACGGCGGCGUGGGCGGGGAGUGGGGGGCGUGGUCGGAAUGCCGAUCAGAGUGCCUCUACGGCGUGGACGGGAUCCUCUCCUCCGGGAGCACUGGGCUCUCGCUCUCAGAGAGGCGCUGCAGCGGUUGUCGCGGUGAGUACCGCUACCGAGUGUGCUCCCCAGUGCAACAGUGCAUCGCGGGGCAGCGCCUGACCCUGCAGGACUACGCCGACGGGCUGUGCACCCAGCGGGCAAGGAAUUCGCCCCUCCUCACGGGCCUCGCCGCCAAGAUAUCCGAGGAAGGAAUCAGACAGUGCGAGGUAGAGUGUCAGACCAGAGGCGGCGGCGUUCAGAGCGUCAGUCACAGCUUCCCCGACGGGACGGUGUGCCAGUCCCCGACGAGUCUGCCGGCUUACUGCGUAGCCGGCGUGUGCACGGAGUUCCGGUGUGGACCCAACACACUCUACGGAGCUGACCCAGUUACAUGCAGACCCGACAUGGGCGCCCCCGACCCCCACCGCCCCCUGGGCCCGUCCUCGCUCACCCCUUUAAGGCCGGGGGCUUCCUCCUCCUCCUCUUCGUCCUCCUCAUCAUCGUUCUCAUUGUCCUCGUCCGGAUCGUCCUCUUCCUUCUUCGGCGACUCCGAAUGGGGGCCCUGGAGGACGGCUUCGAACUGCCGAUUCAGCUGUCUGACAUCUGCGCUCGGGAUCCAACUGGUGAGCAGGGAGUGUCGGGGCCGAGGCUGCUCCGGCAUCAACAAGAACAUCCGAGUGUGCACUCCGCAGGACCCCGAUUGUCCGGAGCUGAAGUCUCCUUUCGAAUACGCUUCUGAAAUUUGUGCCAAGUACAAACACGACGUCGACCAGCUGUCCGGGAUCGGCAUGCAGCUGACCAGCACGAAAGAUGACCCAGACAGAGCGUGUACCGUGGCCUGUCAGGACUCCGCGCUCAACUACCGCUUCUACAGAGUCAACGGACGAGACGGCUGGUUCCCCUUCGGGACCGACUGCGCCAGGGGCGACGGCUCGCGCUCUGCUUAUUGCCUCAACGGAAAGUGCCUGGACUUCUCCGAGGAGGGCACUCCCCUGAGGAACACCAUCUACACGGAGUACGAGCGCGCCCGCUCUCUGACGCUGCAGCCCAUAGAGAGGAACUUCCCCCUCGAGGUGAGGCCGCCCCCGGAACCCUGGACUCGGAAGAGGAAAGAGAGGAGGAGAAGAGAUGUUACCUCAGCCUCCCACCCAAUAUCCAGCACCAUCAGUGAUCAGCUUCUCCUCGCCAUCGUCAAUGAUCUCAACAAGACAAUGUUGUCCACCGGCAACGGCGCCUCCCCAACAAUGUCCUCAAUUGACCUCCGGAACCCCCUCUUCUCCAAUGACGUCACGAGGAACUUCACGGUCACCCUCCGGCCCAACACCUUCAAGGUCAAGCCACUGAACCCGUCCCCUCGCAACGCCUCGACCUUCGACGAGGAGGUCAGGAUGAUCCAGGACGACCUCAGGUGGAGGGUGACCAUCUCCCCCUGCUCUGUCACUUGUGGGCGAGGUCUUGAGGAGGUGGUGGUAACCUGCGCCCGAGUCAGCGGUUCAGGAAGGAAAGAGGAGGCGGUAGACGGGUCCCUCUGCGGCAUCAAUCGCCUGCCCUUAGCGCCAGGCUAUAGGGAGUGCCAACCUCCAAAACCCCCGUGUCCCUUGGACGACUCCAAAAAGACUUCGACCUCCUCCUCUUCCUCCAGCCUCCUCGGCCGAUGGCUCCUGAAUCUCUUAGACGACGCCAUGCAAUAACUAUCGUAAAUUAGUCAUUUUUAUUCGUGAUCUUUUUUUUUUUUAUCUUACGUGUAGCAUUUAGAUAAUUUCAUUGUAAUGUGGAUGUUGUGAUUUUAUGAAUUCAAUUUGUUUUUUCAGUUAAUUUUCUCGUGUAUUUUAUUAUAAUUAUUUAUUCUCCCUCGUGCUAUGUAGUUCUCUAAAAUAGAUUGUUCCUGUUUUUUUUUUAUAGAAGCUAUUGAAUUGUCUCGUUUUCCGUUUCUCUAGUGUAGCAUUGAUAUAAAUCUCGUAUGUCAAGCAAGAACUAAAAUAAUGUGAACAUUUUAAUAAGCUAGGCUUUGUACUGUGUAAUGUUCUGAUGUUGUUUAAACGUACAAAGUAGCAGCCAUGUAAAAAAAAAAAAUGAAUUAAGUACAAAGCUAUUCAGACGUGUGACGUGCAAGUUGUAAAUUUUGUUUGUGUGAAUCAUUGGGGCAAUCAGUCACUCGUUGCAGCGGACCAAAGAAUAAGAGAUAACUCGAGUCAUAAAGUUGAAAAGCAUUUUGUGUAAAGUUAACAGUCACAUAGCCCACAGUAUAAUAAUUUGAAAACGGCAGUUGAUUUAGUCCAUAACCCUCUCUUGCAACCAGUUUUGGACACUAAACCUCGAGUUUUUCUAUGUUAGUUGUCACACGACAAAACUUAUGGAAUCUCUUGGCGUGACGUCAUUCGUCUUUGUUUCGAGUAGCCAGCUUUGAUGAGCCAAAGGUGCUGUCCAUACGAGCGCAAAACCUCAGGUUAUCCAUGUUAAAACAAUCUGUUUACGCCCCAAGUAGGCCAACAUUUAGAAAACUGAAUUAUUAUAGUUAGUUAUCUGGCAUUGUGACGCGUAUUUAUUCAGACAGUAGGUACUACUCAGGCCUUAACACGUGAAAUUUGUAUGGGAAAAUUUCCUGUGAUUAUUUAGUUUCGAUAUUCAGUCCCUUCAUCCCACAGUCUAAAGUUUAAAUAACGUUAGUCCCUAAAUUUCCGUUCUCUUUGUUCCUUAGUACCUGCUUUGUUUGUAGACAUCAAAGCAAAUACGUAUUGUAUAAGAGCAGAAACCUGGCAUGGCUUGAACUGAAUUACGUCACUUGGUUUUUUUUGUCCACAGCUGAUUGAAAUCCUGUAAUCUUAGUCAAACUUUCUAAAACUACAAAAAAAUAUAUAUUUCAUGAUCUUAAGAUGUUCCUCAUGGCAGUUAAUCUUACCUGGUAUCUAAUCUGGCAACGCACAUAGUCGAUUGAAAAAACUGGGAAAAACUGUAAUGUUCACACAUUACGUAACAACAUUUUUCUUGAGGAACGUCUGUUCACUUUCAGUAGAAUUGUCAACUUUCUUUAGAAAGUAGAAUAAAAGAUUCAGUGGUACUGAAA